AUGGCAGCAACUCAAAAUGGCCACCGGAAUGGUGUGCCUCUAAGCAAGCGAUUUUCGGAUAUCCCUGCGAGUGUGGAUGUCCCCUUCCAGGGCGGACAAGAAGAUGAAGCCAUCGAGAUCAGUCUUGGUGCCCUCGCCGACGACCCUACCGAACUUUGCGAAAUGCUCGAGAACGAAAGCGCCGCCCGAACCUACUGGAUGACCGUCGCCAUUGCCUACGCCAAGCACAGUAAUAUUGACAAUGCAAUUGAGAUGCUCAUCCGCGGCGGCAAUGCCAUGCAAAAUAACAAUCCCAAGGAAAAGUUGAGCAUGGUCAGCGCUCUCUGUUGGAUGUACCUCUGGAAGAGCAGAGAGGCACCACGUGUAGCCCCCGAGGGCACGUUAUCAUCCGAGGCCAAGACAAAGGAGUACUAUCUCAACCAGGCCACACAAUCCCUCAACGAAGCACUGCGCAUCAACCCAGCCUUUCCUCCGUUGUUUCUAGCAAGAGGUGUCAUCUAUCUGCUGAGGGCCUCGCUAGUAUCACCAUCCAAGUCGUCUGGGCCCACUGCCAUUGACCCUGAGAAGGCCGAUCUCUUGCGCAAUGCACUCAAGUGCUUCGAGGACGCAAUUCGGGUUUCGCAUGGCAAGAAUGUCCUGGCUCUGAUGGGCAAGGCAAGAGCUCUGUUCUCGCUAGCCAAGUACCCCGAAGCGUGCGCCCUUUACCAGGACGUAUUACGCAAGAUGCCCGACAUGGUCGACCCUGAUCCCCGCAUUGGUAUUGGCUGCUGUUUCUGGCAGCUCGGUUUCAAGGAUGAUGCUAAACAGGCCUGGGAGCGAAGUCUCGAGAUCAACCCCGAAUCCAAGAUUGCCAACAUUUUGCUCGGUCUUUACUACCUUGACUCGAGCGCCAAGGUGCCCACGAAUAGCCCCGAUUUCAUUCGCCUCUACAAGAAGGCCAUGACCGAAUUCACUCAAAAGUCUUUCAAGAUGGACAAGAACCAACCUCUCACAUGCGCAACCUUUGCCGGCUACUUCUUGUCCAGGAAACAAUUGUCCAACGUCGAAUCGCUUUCCAACAAGGCUCUGCAGUACACCGACGUCAACAACAUUGCCAGUGAUAGUUGGUAUCUCCUAGCUCGUAAGGAGCAUGUAGAGGGCAACAUUGAAAGAGCUACAGACUACUAUCGUCGCGCCGACGAAGCCAGAGGUGGUUUGGAGAGAGGAUACUUACCCGCCAAGUUUGGUGUAGCGCAAUUGUCAGUACUCAACAACGACUUGGGUGAGGCCAAGCUGCGAUUGGAGAAAAUGAUUCAGCAAUCCAAGAAUUACGAAGCGAUGGUACUGAUGGGUACCUUGUACGCCGAGGAGGUCUUUGCAAAUCAGUAUGCUGCCUCAAAGGAGGACAAGACUACGGAGAUGAACAAGGCUAUCCAGUAUUUGGAAAAUGUUCGUGGUGCUUGGAAAGACCCCAAAAGAAAUCAACUGCCCGACGCGUCUGUGCUUCUGAACCUCGCCAGACUCUACGAGAACGACCACCCUGGAAAGGCUCUCGAGUGUCUGCAACAGGUCGAACAACUCGAGCUUGAUCAGAUCCCAGCUUCCGAGUAUCCGGCUGACGUGGAGGAACCCGCCUUGGUCAAGAACGCACUGCGCAAGAACUUGCCACCGCAGCUUCUGAACAACAUUGGCUGCUUCUACUCACAAGCUGAGAAGCAUGACUUGGCAGGAGAGAUGUUCGAGGCUGCCCUUGGAGCGUGCAUGCGAAUCAGCGAAAAGGGCGAUGAUAUGGAUACCGAUGCAUUAGUCACCACGAUCAGCUUCAACCUGGGCCGAAGCUACGAGUCUCAGGGCCGCACUGAUGAAGCUAUUGAAGUCUACGAGCGAUUGGUUUCCCGCCACAGCGAUUACACCGAGGCCCAGGCUCGUCUUGCUUACAUCAAGCUGCGCCGCAACCCGAACAAGGAGGGUCCCGACGCCGUUGCCAAGUUGUACCAGGAAAACCCAUCCGAUCUAGAGGUUCGAGCUCUGUACGGUUGGUACCAGGGUAAAGUACAAUCUCGCAAGCGACCUGCCAGCGUGAAUGACGACCCUGAGCUCCGGCAUUACAAGCACACAUUGCAGCAAUAUGACAAGCACGACCGGUAUGCCUUGGUUGGUAUGGGUAAUUUGUACAUGAUGGCUGCCAGAGAGAUGCGUCGAGAGACGGACCAAGAGAAGCAGAAGCGAUCUGCCAUGUACAGCCGCGCAGUCGAGUUCUUUGAGAAGGCUUUGCAACUAGACCCCAAGAACGCCUAUGCUGCCCAGGGUAUUGCCAUUGCUCUGGUAGAAGACAAGAAGGAUAUGAAGUCGGCUUUGCCAAUUUUCCUCAAGGUCCGUGACACGAUCAGAGAUGCCAAUGUGUUCGUCAACCUUGGUCAUAUCUACGCUGAGCUCCGCCAGUUUUCUAAGGCCAUCGAAAGCUACGAGGCCGCACUCGCCAGAGACAACAAGGCCAAUGACACUGGUAUCAUUGCUUGUCUUGGCCGUACUUGGUUGAACAAGGCAAGGCACGACAAGGAUAUGGAUGCCUACAAGACGGCAUUGGACUUUGCCAAAAAGGCCAUCAGCAUCUCCCCGGAUCAGGUUCAUUUCAAGUUCAAUGUUGCAUUUGUGCAGAUCCAGCAGGUCCAGGCUAUAUCCAAAAUACCCGAAGCACAACGUACAUCUGUGCAGCUGGAAGAGGCUCUGGAAGAACUCGAGUCAGCUAUCAAGGCUCUCGAGGAGAUUGCUAGUCACCCACAACCUCCUUACCCCAAGUCUGAUCUUGAACAGCGUGCAAGCUUUGCGAAGACUCAACGAAACCAACUAUCGCGUGAAGUUGAAAAGCAGAAAGAGUAUGAAGAGAAGAACAAGGAAAAGCUUGCAGCUGCCAUGGAGCAACGACAGGCUGAGAUGAAGCGCCGCGAAUCCGAGCGCGAAAAGGCUCUUGCUGCAGAACGUGAGCGCCAAGAGAAGCUCCGUAAGGAACGUGAAGAGAUUGCUGCUCGAGACCUCGAGACAAUCAAGCAGCGUAUCGAAGACGAAAAGGUACGGCAGGAAGCCGAACUGACGACAGAUAGCGAGACCGGCGAAAAGAUCAGGCGCAAGAAGAAGUCCCGAGCUCCGCGACCCGAGGGCCAGUCCAAGAAGAGCCGGCCCCGGAAGAAGAAGACUGAGGACGACGAGAGCGGAACGGAAGGGGAGGAGCAGCCCAAGAAGAAGCGCCGCCUUACGAAGAAGGAGACGAAAGCCAACAGCAAGUACAAGUCGGCCGAAAUCAUUGUUGACAGCGACGAUAGUGGCGAUGACCUUGAGCGGGCAGAGCGUGCUAUUAGUGCUGUAUCUGAGCGCUCCGAAGCCGAUGACAAGGUCAGAGCAGACAGUGACGAUGAUCAAAUGGACGUUGACAAUGGUGCUGGUGGCGAUGAUGACGAUGACGAGGCUGCUGGUACGACAAGACGUCGCGCUCGAAGAGGCAGAGUCCUGGAAGACAGUGAUGAAGAUGAGGAUGGCGGUGAUGCGGAACCGAGCGGACACAAGUCUGAUGAUGAUGACGCCGAGCCGACCAAGUCAGCUGAUGUUGAUAUGGCUGACGAGGAUGAUGAGUAG